CCAUUUUCUGGCAGCUCGCAGCAUUACCAAACCACGGGCACCCGCCAGGCCGCCCACCUUCCCCAUCCGUCGCCCGGCACGUGACGGCCCCGCGCGCGCGCCCCGGCGGCCGGCUCCGAAGCAUCGGCCACUGCUCUCGCUCGUAACAUCGACCGCACAGGCCCGGCCCAGCACACACUAGCAGCCAGUCAGUCAGUCAGCAGGCGUAUCUUCUCUUUUCUCCUCCGCAGCGCUUGCCUCGGAAGAGAACCAAAACAGAAAGCUACCUCCCUGCCUGCCUUGCUCUCGAAGGUGGGUUGUUGAUGAGCUGGUCGUUGCUGUCGUUGCCUUCGUCGCGCUUCGUCGUUCCCCGCUGCUUGGGCUCUUGCUCCAAAGUCACGAGCUCUUUCGUUAAGAACUCUUACUUCGCGGGCUCCUACGUCAAGAGCUCCUACGUCGCGGCUCCGCUUAGAAGGUUCGCGAUCAUGCAUAAGUCGCCUGCGGCUUUGGUGGAGCGGCUCCCGCCCAAGGGACUCGAGAUCCAUGCGCCGAGGGAUCCAAAUACGUUGGCGAAUUAUAAUAACUUUUUGACGACGCAUACGACGGCGAACUUGGAGAUCGACUUUGAGAAGAGGAGGCUUUUGGGUAAUGUGGUGCUUUUGCUGAAGAGCAUUACUAAUGGCGAAGCCGACAAGGUCGUCUUGGACACGAGUUUCUUGGACAUCAAGGAUGUUAAGGUUGAUGGCGAGAAGGCAAAAUGGGCUCUUGCGGAUCGCAUGGAGCCUUACGGAAGUGCCUUGUCCAUCCAACUUGGCGGUGGUGUUGAGAAAGAUAAGCAGAUUGCAGUCGAUAUUGCUUUGAGCACCACGGACCAGUGCACUGCUUUGCAAUGGAUGACCCCGGCGCAGACGCCGAACAAGAAGCACCCGUACAUGUUCUCGCAGUGCCAGGCUAUCCACGCCCGUUCCAUCUUCCCUUGCCAAGAUACGCCUGAUGUUAAAUCCACCGUGGACUUCAACAUCCGGUCGCAUCUUCCUGUGCUUGCCAGCGGUCUUCCAACUGGCACCAAGGACUUCCGCCCCGGAAAAGAUGGCGCGCCCAGCACUCUUCUAUACACCUUCAAGCAGGAAAUCCCCAUUCCCAGCUACCUCUUUGCCGUGGCGUCCGGCGACUUGGCCAGCGCCUCCAUUGGACCUCGCAGCACGGUCUGGACCGGUCCCGAGGAGCUCAUUGGCUGCAAGUGGGAGCUGGAGAACGACAUGGAAAAGUUCCUCGAAGCUGCUGAGAAGAUUGUUUAUGAGUACGCUUGGACAACCUACAAUGUGCUUGUUUUGCCCAACAGCUUCCCCUACGGCGGUAUGGAGAAUCCGAUCUACACGUUUGCUACGCCCACUAUCAUCAGUGGCGACAAGCAGAACAUCGAUGUCAUUGCGCACGAACUGGCCCACAGCUGGAGCGGCAACCUGGUCAGCAAUGCCAGCUGGGAGCACUUCUGGUUGAAUGAAGGUUGGACCGUGUACCUUGAGCGUAGGAUCCAGGCCGCGGUUCACGGCGAGGAGCACCGUGACUUCUCGGCGAUUAUCGGUUGGAAGGCCCUGCAGGACUCGGUUGAGCGUUUCGGUGAGGACCAUGAGUUCACUAAGCUCAUCGUCGAUCUCAAAGGCAAGGAUCCGGAUGAUGCAUUCUCUUCCGUUCCCUACGAGAAGGGUUUCAACUUCCUUUACUACCUCGAAAAGCUCGUGGGUAAGGGCAAGUGGGACAAGUUCAUUCCUCACUAUUUCGGCAAGUACAAGUUCAAGUCUCUUGACUCGUACGACUUCAAGUCCACCCUCCUUGACUUCUUCGCCUCCGACUCAGAGGCCAGCAAGAAGCUCAACGAACUGGACUGGGAUAAGUGGUUCUAUGCGCCGGGUUACCCCCCGAAGCCCGACUUUGACGACAGCCUGGUCAAGGUCUGCUACGAGCUGGCCGACAAGUGGCAAGCUCUUGCUCAGGGCAAGAGUGAUGCAUUCAAGCCCGCUCAGAGCGACAUUGGCCCCUGGACCGGCAACCAGUGCGUCGUCUUCCUCGAGAAGAUCCAGACGUGGGAGCAGCCCCUUCCCGUUGAGCUGGUCGACCUCAUGGGCGCCACUUAUGGGUUCGCUGCCUCGCAAAACGUGGAGCUGGUGUCACGCUACUUCAUCAUCGGCCUGAAGGCCAAGGCGUCGAGCGUGUACAAGCCCACGUCGGAGCUGCUGGGCAGAGUGGGUAGGAUGAAGUUUGUCCGUCCCUUGUUCAGAGGUCUUAGGGAUGCGGACAGGAAGCUGGCGGAGGAGACGUUUGAGAAGAACAAGGACUUCUAUCACCCGAUUUGCAGGCAGAUGGUGGAGAAGGAUCUGUACGGCGACAAGUAGGGACAGAAAAAAAAGAGAGCAGUCUUCUGACUGCAUGUAAAUAAAAACACGUUUGUGGCGUUAGUAGUGUGAAGAAAAGUUAGAGUUGGUGAUGAGGGG